CCUAUCUAAAUUCACCACAAACCCUUAUAAUCUCUCUUUCCUUUUUGUCUCAUCUUUUUACAUUACUUUACUGUUUCUUUCUCUCUGUCCCUCUAUUUAUACAUCACUUUCACCCUCUCUUCUUGUCACAAAAAACUAGUUUCCAAAGUGAGAAAACAUCAAUAAUGUCUCCACCUGGUUCAUCAAGAUGGAGCCCUACUACUGAACAGCUUAUGAUCUUGGAAGAACUGUAUAGAAGUGGAAUUAGAACUCCUAGUGCUUCUCAAAUUCAGCAAAUUACUACUCACCUUUCUUUCUAUGGUAGAAUAGAGGGAAAAAAUGUUUUCUAUUGGUUUCAGAAUCAUAAGGCUAGGGAUAGACAGAAACUUAGAAGGAAACUCAACAAACAACUGCAGCUACAGCAGCAACAGCAACAGCAGCAGCAUCAACAACAAUUACAAGUUCAUCAUUGUCAACUCAAUCAUGAUAACAUGAUGAUCAAUAACCAUUUUGUUGGUGGUACUUUUGGUUACCCUUUUGGAUCUUCUACUCAAGACUUUUCCUUUUUUAACUCGCCUAGCUUGCUUUUUGAGGGAUCAUAUGCUGCAAGCACAUCAGAAGGACCAAUCAAUAGCAAAUGGAAUGGUUAUAACAACCAACCAAGUUUGAUGGAGAAGAAAGAGAUUGCAUUCAACAACUAUGGUUGGAACCUUAUGGAUAAUGUUAAUCAUGAAUCACCUUCAUGUUGCACCAAACCUCUCAAGACUCUUGAUCUCUUUCCACUCACAACAAGAAUCAAAGAAGAUUAAUUAGUAAUUCAUGAAUCAAAACUCAAAAUUCUAUGCGACAUUAUUAACCUAUAAUACUUUAUGACAUUAAUUAACCAUGCUUGAAAGUUAUGAUCUAUAUACCAAGAGUGCCUAGUGUUGUACGUAGGAUCUUUGGUUGCUUUGCACCAUGUGAUAGAAUAGAAUGAUAGAAAUGCAAUACUUUUUGGUAUAAAUCCUAAGGGUACAUGAUGUGUGUCCUAGAAUUAUAUACCAAGAUUAUUCUA